UGUUGACCACCUACCCCUCACCAACCCCACCAUCAGCUGUACGCGCCUGAUAGGCACCUGAAUCUGACUCUCAGCCUCACGAAAGACAGCACCGCAGUCCCGUCACUGCGACAGAUUCGCCCACAAUGAUGACAAAUAUGCUCAACAAGCUGCACGGCCAGCCCGACAGCUAUGAUCGCAAAUCGCGAUACCGCUUCGGAAAGACAUUGGGCGCUGGAACAUAUGGUAUUGUCAGAGAAGCCGACUGCCCCGAGGGCAAAGUCGCCGUCAAGAUCAUAUUGAAGAAGAAUGUUCGCGGAAACGAGCAGAUGGUCUACGACGAGCUGGAGAUGCUGCAACGCAUGAAGCACCCGCACAUCGUCAAGUUCCACGACUGGUUCGAGUCAAGGGACAAAUACUACAUUGUGACCCAGUUGGCCACCGGAGGAGAGCUGUUUGACCGCAUUUGCGAGAAGGGAAAGUUUACCGAGAAGGAUGCUGCCGAGACGAUUCGACAAGUGCUCGAAGCUGUCAACUACCUACACGAAAACAAUGUUGUCCACAGAGAUUUGAAGCCAGAGAACCUCCUUUACCUCACACGGGAUGCGAACUCCUCCCUCGUACUUGCCGAUUUCGGCAUUGCCAAGAUGCUCGACUCCAAGAGCGAGGUUUUGACCACAAUGGCUGGCUCGUUUGGCUACGCUGCUCCCGAGGUCAUGCUCAAGAAAGGUCAUGGGAAACCCGUUGACAUGUGGUCCAUGGGCGUCAUCACCUAUACGCUUCUUUGCGGAUACUCGCCAUUCCGCUCCGAGAAUCUCGCAGACCUGAUCGAGGAGUGCAAGAACGGACGGGUCAUCUUCCACGAGCGCUACUGGAAGGAAGUGAGCCCAGAAGCCAAAGAGUUCAUCAAGCAACUGCUGGAGCCAGAUCCCAGCAAACGACCAACGAGCGAGGACGCUUUAAAGCACGUGUGGCUCAGCGGAAAGACUGCCUCGGACCACAACUUGUUGCCCGAGAUCCGCGCAUAUGUUGCAAAAGCUCGGCUCAAGCGUGGCAUCGAGCUGGUCAAGCUUGCGAACCGCAUCGAAGCGCUCAAAAUGCAAGAGGACGACGAAGAAGGGGUUCCUGGAGAAGCCGAUGUGCCAGCCAAUGCUCGCGAGGCUGCAGGGGAGGCAAUUGCAGCCCACAGUACCGAUAAAGCUCUAGCGACAAAGGAGAACGUAACCGCUGGUACUGGCAAAGGUCCUGGACGUCUGAGCAGGAUUGCCAAGGGAGCCAUCUUCCGGGAAGUUGUCCUGGCCAAGGUUCGUGAGAUGAAGGAGCAAGAGGCGCAGAAGGAGUUUGAGAAGAAGGCAUCAGAGUCGGCGAAGAAGUGAUGAUGAUGCCCAGCGUCUUUACUCUUUCUUUCUUGAAAAUGGUCCUGCAAACAUAGUUGGGUCUGCUGCGGCAUUAGCGGAGGGUUUCGUUAUUAUUUGGAUACCCUGGAAGGCAACAGCCAGGGACUAUGUACCUAGACUCCUACAUUGAUAUUGCGAGCAG